AUGAGCGAAAGUGAAGGUCCACGAACGGCUACUGAAGAUGAUGGUAAACCAUCUGAAUCUGAUACAAUUCAAAAGAACUCGAACCUUAGUCUCAAACGCUACCAUAAAGUGAAAGCCGAAAUUCAAACAUACGAAGGCCAACUUCGCAUGGAACGUGAAACAUACAAUGCUACAUGGAAUGCGAUCAAUUCAAAGGAGAAAUCGAUUAAAGGCUUACAAGAAAAGAUAAAAACUUUACAACAAGAAAUUGAUGCACUGGUUAUUGAAGAGAGUAGUAUCAAUCAAUCGAUGAAAAUAAUUCAAGAAAAGAAAGAAGCACUUGAGCAAGAAUUAUUCCCUUUUCUGAAAGAAAGGGUUAUAGCGACAUAA